AGUGUUUUGUUCAUUUAUACCAAAUAAUGAUUAUAUCGUCAUUACAAUAAAAUAUGCAAAUGCUUCCCCCCCCCAUACUCUAAACCUGGCCUGGCCAACCCGCGGCUCGCGAGCCUCAUGCGGCUCUUUAACUAGUUUCAUGCGGCUCUUCAGGAGCUGUCACAUGACAUGUGUCAAAAAUGCUUGGCUGGCGCUGUCAUUCACUCCCCCUACAGCUAGAUGGCACACUGACCAUGUAAGCCUGUUUGAGUGACGUCAGACGAGCGACGAGAUAAUCUUUGGUGUGACAUCAUUUGUGUUGUAAACAAUUUCCGACAAGUUACCUCUUGAAAUGGCAGGGGGAAAAAAAGCACAGCCAAACGAAAAUAUGAAGAAGAACACAGGACGUUUUUGCCAGAGUGGGAGAGUUUAUAUUUUUUUGUUAAACGUAAUGGCAAGCCGAUCUGCCUUAUAUGUCACGCAGCAUUAGCGCAUUUCAAAGCUUCAAAUCUUCAGCGUCACUUCAGCUCACUCCACCCUAACAUCGAACAGGAAUUUCCAAAAGGGACUGAACUUCGCAAGAACAAGUUGGUCGCUUUGAAAAGCAAGGCAGAAAAGCAGGUGCAGUUUUUCAAAAAAUGUACAAAACACUCGGAGACCGUAACGCUUGCAUCAUAUCAGCUGGCUCGGAACAUAGCACGGGCUAAAAAGCCAUACAAAAAAUUCCUCAUUGACGCCUUUGAGAUCUUGGCUCCUGGAGACGACAAACUAAAACGGAGCGUAUCAGACGUUUAACUGUCCCGCCACAGUGUUAAACGCAGAAUAUCGGAUAUUAAUACAGCUGUUGAAUCACAGUUGCACUCUGACCUUCAAGCAUGUGAGUAUUUUAGUGUGGCAUUGGAUGAGAGUUGUGACAUACAAGACAAGCCUCAGUUGGCAAUAUUUGCACGGUCUGUGUCAAAUGAAUGUAUGAUCAAAGAAGAACUCCUUGAUAUUGUGCCAUUAAAAGACAGAACCCGUGGCAUAGAUGUGAAGGAAGCAAUGAUGGCUGCGUUUGCAAAAGCAAAUCUGCCCAUACCGAAACUAACUGCAAUAGCCACGGACGGAGCGCCAGCCAUGAUCGGAUCCGUGAACGGGCUUGUGGGGCUGUGCAAAGCUGAUCAAACAUUUCCCGACUUUUGGAAUUUCCACUGCAUCAUCCACAGGGAGCAACUCGUGUCUAAAUCAUUGAAUUUAAACAACGUCAUGAAGCCUGUGAUGGAAAUCGUCAACUACAUCCGUACACAUGCGCUUAACCACAGGCAAUUCAGGAAUCUCAUCGCUGAGCUGGACCAAGGGCUUCCAGGUGACCUGCCGCUCCACUGCACUGUGAGGUGGCUGUCAAAAAGCAAGGUACUCUCUCGCUUCUUUGAGCUUUUGGAUGCUGUGAAACUGUUCAUGGAAGAGAAGGACAAGGACUAUCCCGAGCUCUCAGACCUCGAGUGGAUUAUGGAUCUGGCAUUUUCAGUCGACAUGCUGUGUCACUUGGACAGACUGAACCUGACCCGGCAGGCCAGUGAGCAAGACACCAGCGCCGCCCUGAAAAAGAAGAGAGACAGAUAUGCAACACUGGUUGCAAACCUGCACGAAAGCUUUGUGACCCGGUUCUGUGAGCUACAACUGAAAAGACCACAGAUUACGUUCCUCGUCGACCCAUUUAAUGCGGAGACAGACUGUUUGAAAGACCCCCUCGUCACAGAUGAGGCUGCGGCUGAGUUGGAGAUGAUCGACCUUUGUGAGGAGGAUCAACUGAAAGCUGUUUUAAGGGAAGGGACCGUUGAGUUCUGGAAAAGUGUGCCAAUGGAAAAAUACCCCAACAUCAAACGAGCUGCGCUUAAGAUACUGUCCAUGUUUGGGUCAACGUACGUCUGCGAGUCUGUGUUUUCUACCCUGAAACAUGUGAAAUCAAAGCAUCGAUCUGUUCCGACUGACACUCAUUUGAAAGAAUUGCUUAGAGUGGCAACAACAGAAUACAAGCCAGAUUUGAAGAGGAUUGUUCAAGAUAAGGAAUGCCAGAAGUCUCACUAAGCAGCAUAGUAAGAGAAAGAUGUUAUUGAAAAUGAUUCUAUUAUUGUUUGUGGACUUGCUUGAACUGAGAGUUUGUGUGUGUGAGAUGUUAACUGUUGAAAAUUACUGAUAUUAUCAUGUUGGUGUGGUUCUUUUCAUUAGAUCUGGCUGAGCAGAGG